AUGGAAGGCUCCAAAAUAUCGCGACCGCACAAGCUGUGGCACCAGAGCAGGGGCAUCGUGUUUGCAAGCGGCACCAGCAGUGUUGUCUGCCCGCGGCUGCCGCCGGCGAGCUAUCACACCUCGCCGGCCUUUGUUCAGCACAAGGCCGAAUUACCAGCUUCAUCAGCCAGGAACGCACCCGAGGCACAUGUGGACGAUAGCCGAGUUGCCGCCGACAAGGAUCGCCCCACUGAGCCUUUAACUAAGGAGAAGACCGAAAAGGCCGAAUCCUCGGUAUCCGGGCUGGUGGAUGCUGCCGACGUCCAGCCGCCGUUUACGCCACUUGACUUUAAGAUCCCGGACGAGAUAUUCCGGGGAGCAAAGCAGGCGGCCGAGGGGACGCCCGAGUCGUUCUGGUCUUACAGCUUGUACCGCGGGCCUGCCGAGGCCGGGAGCACCGAACCCGGCCCCAAGGUUAAGGUCCACUACUGCACGAGCAAGCACACGACCGAGCGCGUCUUACAACAGUAUUUCAUGCACGAGAAGAUCCUCGGGUUUGAUCUGGAAUGGGCGACCGACGCCACCAAGUUCCAAGGCGCUCGGAGGAACGUGUGCCUUGCCCAGAUCGCGUCCCCGAGCCGCAUCGCCCUCUUCCAUCUCGCCCUGUAUCCCAAGAACGACGACCUGGUCGCACCGUCAUUCAAGAAGAUCAUGGAGGACCCCGAGGUGACCAAGGUUGGUGUCUGGAUCAAGGGCGACUGCACUCGGCUGCGACGAUUCCUAGACAUUGGUGCUCGGGGCAUCUUCGAGCUGAGCCACCUCUACAGACUAAUCAAGUGUUCUGCCAGCGGCGAAUACAGCUCCCUGAACAAGAAACUGGUAGGCCUGGCAAGCCAGGUCCAAGAAUACCUCCGCCUGCCCUUGUUUAAGGGGCACGACGUUCGCGCCAGCGACUGGUCGUCGCCGCUGCGCAUGGAACAGAUAAUCUCGUCCGAUGCCUAUGCUGCUGUGCAACUUUAUGCAAUCAUGGACCGUCACCGGAAGAACCUAGAUCCUGUGCCCCCGAUGCCUUACCACGCCGAGCUCAACCUACCCAUUCGGAUUGCCUCGGGGGUUGAUCUGCCGACGGCAGACGAAGUGCUGGAGCCGGAGGCCGAAGACGGCGCCGCCGCCCUGGACGGCCCCGUGCUGUCUGACAAGUACCUGACUUCUUUCGGCGACAGCAUCAACAUCGAGGUCGAAAACGAUGCCAGUGCCGGCGUUGAUGAACCAUCAACAGCUGUGGUCUCUGCAAAAGAUUUCGCCUCUACCCCUAGCACACCUGCUGUAGCCUCCAAGAAGUCCAGUGCGGCUCUCACUACUAAAACCACCACCACCACCCCAGGCGAUAACACCCGCCCCAAGGACGCGAGACUCGCCGAGGCCGAGCUCUGGGCCUCGCAAUACCGCCUCGCCAACCCCAAGGCCCGCGCCGCGCCGUCCAGCCUACGCGCCUAUUACGUAUGGCGCAAGAACGCAGACCUAACGCCCGAGCAGACGGCGGCCGUGCUGCGCGACCCGCCGCUGCAGUUCAGCACCGUCACGUCGUACAUCACCGACGCCAUCCGCCUGGAGAAGCUGCCGUACGAUAAGGCGCGGCUGCGGAACGAGGUGCUCGACCGCCUGCCCAAGGAGAGCCUCGGAAGCUGGCGGCUGCGGGCCCUCGUCCAGGCGUGCGCGCAGGCGGGUGGGGUCAGAAAUCAUGAUGCGAAUUCGGCUGAGAGGGUUGAGGAAUAA